AUGGUUUGGGCCAAUACCACGGACAUUGGAUGUGGGGUUGCAUACUGUCCACAAUCCAGAAAUAUGUUUAUCGUGUGUAACUAUGGUCCAGGCGGUAACUGGAAUAGACGGAAACCGUAUGAAGUGAAAUCACGUGAUUUAUGUCAUGGAGUACAAGGCUUUGGUAAACACCGUAAAAAGUCAUUGCAUACUAAUAAACAAACGUCAACUCGCCGUCCCAAAUCUCUGCGGCGUUCUCAAAAGUUCUCUAAAAAAACGUUUUCAAAUAACCGUAGUCGUCGGAUUGGUAAUGCUCACUGA